AUGGGCGGCUUCACGGCGGACACGGUGGUGUGCGUCACCGGCGGCAGCGGCUACCUCGGGAGCUGGCUCGUCAGGAAGCUCCUCGCCAGAGGCUGCGUCGUCCACGCCACCCUGCGGAGCCUAGACGAGAAGAAGACGGGGCUGCUCCGGGCGCUCCCCGGCGCGGUGGAGCGGCUGCGGCUGUUCGAGGCGGACAUGUACGACGCCGACACCUUCGAGCCCGCCAUCGCCGGCUGCCACUUCGUCUUCCUCAUCGCCACGCCCUUGGCGCACGACCCCACCAGCACCAAGUACAAGAACACGACGGAGGCGGCGGUGGACGCGGUGCGCAUCAUCCUCCGGCAGUGCGAGCGGUCCGGCACGGUGAAGCGCGUCAUCUACACGGCCUCGGUCACGGCCGCGUCGCCGCUCAAGGAGGACGGCAGCGGGUACAAGGACUUCGCCAACGAGUCCAACUGGACACCGCUCAACCUCUCCUACGAAUUCAGCAACGCUCACCUGGAUGAUUACGUGUGGUCCAAGUCGCAGUCCGAGAAGGAGCUACUGAGCUACAACGACUCCUCCUCCAAGGAGUCCCGGCCGCUGGAGGUGGUCACCCUGGCGUGCGCGAUCGUCGGCGGCGACACCAUCCAGACGUACCUGUGGAGCAGCAUCCCCGUGAUCGUGGCGCCGCUGACGGGGCAGGCGAUCUACCACAACUCCCUCCUGUUCCGGCAGGCGCUGCUGGGCUCCGUGCCGCUGGCGCACGUGGACGACGUCUGCGACGCGCACGUCUUCUGCAUGGAGCAGGCGUCCAUGUCCGGCCGCUUCCUCUGCGCCGCCGGGCACCCCAGCAUGCGGGACAUCGUCGACCACUUCGCUGCUAAGCACCCCGACCUCAAGAUAAAGCUGACGGAGGUAACUGGGGAAGGCGUCAGGAUUGUGCCCAACACCAGCAAGCUGGAGGACUUGGGGUUCAGGUUCAAGUACGGAGUGGAGGAGACGCUGGACUGCAGCGUCGAGUGCGCCAAGAGGCUGGGAGAGCUCUAG